UGAGGCUUUCUGUUAGGUUUGUCACUACUGAACACCGUCUUGCCUGGCGGUGUAUAAUAAUGCUGUCAUUUAUUUUUCUAAUAUUUCUACUUUUGGGUUCGGCGACAAACGAAAAGGAAGGAUUAUUCCAAUCAGUUCUUGUCAUGGCCGUAAAGCAAAAUGGCAACGAGUUCCAAGGCUUCUUCCAGGUCAAUCAAACAUAUGAGAUUCGGUUUAUCAUUCGAAAUGACUUCAUGUAUCUAAGRAAAAUGAGAGGCCAAGAUUUGGUUUUAUUCUAUCAAUAUAGUCCAGACGUGCAUUAUCUGAAGGUAUUUGAUAGUGGGAUUCUAAGGUACAAGAGCAAGGAAUUCAGUCUUCCAUUCGAUACACCACAAGAAGGCUUGUUAAAAUGCUUGCGGAAAUGCAUACGAACCAAACUUAAAGACAUCGAAUCGUUUUCUCGAUUUCUUCGAGCAAAACGAUCGUUCAGGACACCGCAACAACGUCUCAGUUGGAGUGAAGUGGUAAUUCUAGCAAACAUGUCUGAGGCGGUUGCACAACGAAUGCUGUAUGCCUCAAAAGUCCAAAAACAGUUGAUUCAACGCUUUCAUUUGCUGGUUCAGGGACUAGUAAAUGCUGUUGGACCCCCCUUACAUACUAUCAAGCCUUCAACCCGUGCUAACCUCUAUUCCAAGGCCGUUCUUAGUGACACUGAUUUCCCUGCAGCCUCUGACUACGCAGAAGCACCAAAAACGGAGAAUACUACGUCACGUUACCAUAGCAAUCAUUCUUUAAGCAGCUGUAGUGACAUGCGCUAUACUUCAUACCAGACACAUUGUUUUGGUAUGUGUGGUUCGUAUUGUUGGUGCUGGCCUUGGGUCUGCGGUGACUGUUGUCUUCACAAGGGUUGUCUACAGCAUGACAUUUGUUGUCAGAAACGCGGAUACUUGUCCAUCUACUGUUUCUCUCCGUGGGUUUUUGGUUUUGACUGCGAGAAUGGUUAUUUGGGCUAUCCUGAGUGCUUGUAUACUUAACCAGUGGCUUAGCUAGUGUACCAUAGUUGGAGGGGGCUAGCACACACGCGUUUUGGCACGAAAAUUGCCGCCAAAUCCACAGGUAGCCUAACAAAGCAUUCUUAAAUAGUAACGCUACAUUUGAACAAUGCUCCACUUCUCUGUUGCUAAGGUUGUGCGCCUCGACUUUCUGCAGAAUAUUCACGUGUUCCAGUCAAGGUCCGUGGAAUUUUAAAGUGUUUGUAUUGUUGAAGUUCUGCAUUCUUUACUUUCCCGUUGGUAUUUGUGAAUAUUUGCAAACUGAUAUGAGGAUAAGCAUGAGCUAGGGGGGUUGAUGGGAAGAAAUGGGGCYAGG